CGGGUGAGAGUGUGUCGCUGGAUGCUUGUGAUUGACUCCCUGAAGAGGCAUUGCGCUAAUCUGACCAAGAAGCUUACUGGCCGGGAUAGAGAGGAGCGUCGUCGAGGUCGCAGAGAUUCUAUGGACAGGGAGUCCCCGGUGGAUUCUUCGAGAGAGCAAGCCGGGCAGAGCUUAGGUCAGGGUCCUAGUACUAGUACCCGUCAGAGGCAUUCUGAUGUUGAUAGGGGAGUUGUUCCCUUUACAUAUGCUGAGCCUACCAGGCAUUCUGUUGGAGGUAUGGGCAGCCAGAUGCCUUUUACGCCCCCCUGGUACUUAUUUCGGAGCGAGUAGCUCCCAGCCUUGGAGUGCAGAGUCUUGGGCUUACUGGCAUGAGUUUAUGGGGCGGAUGCGCCAGGCCUAUGAUUUUGAGAUGCAACGCUAGUUCAUGGCGAUCCCGCAGCCUUAUCAGUAUCCUUCCUAUCAGCAGGGAACUCAUCGGCCUCCCGGCACCCUUCGUAUUUCGAAGAAGGAGCAUGUUACCCCUGGGAUGGAGCUAGACCGGGAUCUGGAGCGCUAUAUGAGCCGGAACAGGAACAAGGAGCCUGUGAUUGACAUUGCGGCUGAUGAUGAUUCAGAUUGAUCUUGCAUGGUAGCGAGUUCCAGCCUACCUCGAUUUUACUUUUUUAUGAGGAUUUUUGUAUGG